AUGCAGCUUCUCUUUCUCAUCCAGUGGGUUGUUCUGGCGAGUGUUGUAGCGGCUCACCCCGGUGGUCAUGGCCAUAUGAGCAAGCGUGAGCUUCAAGCCCGCCAGGAAGCCGCCCAACUGCGGGCCCUGCAAGCUCGCAAGUGUGCCUCUGCCAUCGCCCAGUUCACAGCCCAGCGCAAGGCCAGGCGCGCCCUCAAUAAAAAGAGGGAGAUCAUUUCAUCGACCACGUUGAGCGCCGCGAGCGCUCACUACACGAACAUCCAGAACGACACUUGCGUGACUGCUCCAGAGGUGACCGAAGGUCCCUACUAUAUCAACAAUGAAUUCAUCAGGACCAACGUCACCGAGGGUCAAGCUGGUAUUCCCUUCGUAAUGGACAUCGGCGUCUUAGAUAUCAACACCUGCGAGCCCUUGAGCAACGCCUUCGUAGAGAUCUGGGGGGCCAACGCCACAGGUGUGUACUCUGGCUACUCUGCUACUCUCCCCGGAGCCCCUGAGCCGGGAGCGACUACCACAUCGUCCGGGUGGGCGGCACCGACUGGUUAUUUCCCGGCGCCGUACGAGAGGAACGAGACUUUCCUUCGUGGAGGUUACACGACCAGCGAUACUGGCGUUGUGGAAUUGGUCUCUAUCUACCCCGGCUUCUAUGCGACCCGUGCGCCUCACGUCCACACCAUGGUCCACACCAACUGGGAGAUGUCUGACAACGGGACAUUGGUUUCGCAUGGCGGGAACGUGGUGCACAUUGGGCAAUUCUUCAUGGAUGAUAGCUGGAACGACCAGGUGUACGCCCUUGCGCCGUACAACACCAACAAGAACACCAGGACUUUCAACUCCGAGGACAGCAUCCUGGAUCAGGAGAACGCUGAUGGCAACAAUGCGUUCUUCAAUCUUGAGUUGCUCGGCGAAGAUAUAUCUGAGGGUGUCCUUGGUUACAUCACCAUGGGCGUUAACUCGUCGGCCUCCUACGAGAUCUUGAACACGAACUACUACAACACCUCUGAUGCCGCUACAACUACUACUAUCUCCACGAGCGACUUGCACAGCGACGUUGUGACUGAGUUGUGA